CUUGGAAGUAAAUUCAGCUUUGCAGAACCAAAGUUGCACCUUGGAUAGUAGUGUCUAAAUACCUAGCUCUGCAUUUUUGUCCCUUUUCCUGCUUUGCUUCCUGUGCUCUUUUGCAUGUGCUUUGCACCCUCACCUGGAGUGGCUGCUGCUUUGCUCUGUCUUUGGACUCGGUUGUGGAACCUCUUGGCUUUUGCACAGAGCUGGUCUUCUAGACUGCCACACUGUUCUUGUGGAGUGACCCAUGGAAGACCAAACUCCCACACAUCCCUCCUUAUGGGAAUGGCCAGGAGAGACACAAGAGGGCCCCAGUUUCCCCCAGGUAGCAUCUGAGGGAGAGACUGUGACUUCCUCUGUGGCAGUCCAGGCUCCAUCUGAUGUCAACCAGACACAGCUGUGGAUGGAAACCAGCCAGGAAGACAAUCUGUGUUUUAAUAAGUGGUGUCAUUUUGUGCCUCAGUCCUGUGAUGCUCUGGACAUCUUUUCACCAGUACCUCCUAUGGCAACUGCAAAAGGUCUCGCAGGUGAUUUGCAGGAGUGGAAGAAUGAGGUGGCACUAUGUGGCAUUUCAUCAGACGGCGCAGAACAUGAAGAGACGAAGGAGAACGUCUGGGGUCAGGUUGGAUCAAGAAGGCAAGAGGGAACGAUCACAGAAGAGGCAAUGGAUAAUUUUCUUGCAUGUCUGAGGGGAAUCUCCUUUGGAGAACAAGAAGCUGAAAACAGAGAGGAAAAGCAUCUUGAUGCUUAUUUGAGAAUCCACACAGAGGACAAACUUGAUGAAAGCUUGGAAUCUGGGAAGAUCCACAUUCAGAGUGAAAACCUUGCUGAACGUCAAAUGCUUAAAACAAAGGGGAAAUUGUAUAAAUGCUUGCAAUGUGGAAAGGGUUUUGCUUCUAUGUCACACCUUACUACCCAUCAAAAAAGCCACGCGGGAGAGAAAACAUUUGCAUGCUCAGCGUACAGGAAGAACUUUGGUAACCAUGGAAAUCUGAAAGUCCACCAGAGUUUCUAUAAAAAAAAGAAAUCAUACAAAUGCUCAGAAUGUGGAAAGAAGUUUAACCGCAGAUCUGCCCUAAAAGAACAUCAAAGAAUUCACAAAGAGACGAAACAAUACAAAUAUACAGAUUGUGGCAAUGAAUGGAGAAUCUCAGAGGAUGGGAAAGGGCCACACUGGACUUCAGCCUGGAAAGUAGGAGAGCUGUCUUCCUCAUACAGCAGACAGGAAAUUGCCUCAGCAAGUCAGGAAGGAGCAGAGUAUGGGCAGGACAUCCAUCCAGUGGAGGAAGCAGACGAACUUGUCCCUUGGGGACGACCUUGGGAGGCUCCCAGUGAAACUACCAUCCAGAGAGCAGGUGAUUUGCAGGAGUGGAAGAAUGAGGUGGCACUAUGUGGCAUUUCAUUAGACAGCGCAGAACAUGAAGAGACAAAGGAGAACUGGGAUCAGGAUGGAUCAAGAAGGCUAGAGGGAACUAUCACAAAAGAGUCAAUGGAUAAUUUUCUUGCAUGUCUGAGGCGAAUCUCCUUUGAACCUGAAAAUAGAGAAGAUAAGCAUCUUGAUGCUUAUUUGAGAAUCCACACAGAGAACUAACUUGAGGGAAGCUUGGGAUCUGGGGAGAUCCACAUUAAGAGUGAAAACCUUGCUAAAUGUCAAAUGCUCAAACAGAGGGGAAAUUAUACAAAUGCUUGCAGAAAAGCUUUUAUGUCAUUGUAUAAAUGUUCAGAGUGUGGAAAGAACUUUGGUUACAAUGGAAACCUUUUAAAAAAAAAUCAAAGAGCCCAUAUAGGGGAGAGGCCUCACAAAUGCACAAUCACAAAUGUAACCUUAAAAUACAUCAAAUAAUUCACAAGGGGGAGAAGUCACACAAAUGUUCAUAUUGCAGUAAGUCCUUUGAUGAUAAAUCAAGCUUUGAUGAGCACAAGAGGACUCACAUGGGAGAGAGACUAGGAGAUAACUGCUUGGAGUAUGGAAAGAACUUCAGUCACAGCACAUAACCUCAUUUCAUGUUAGAUGGAGUCACAUAAACAAAAUCCUCAUCUAAAACUCCGAUAGGGCUCUGCUUUGAAUGUCCAGGGUUUCAGAACCUUGGAAAGGACUUACAUGAAGUAGGGCCUUUUCCAUAGUUUUCUCUUGUCACCUCAAGGGUGAUUGUGACCUUGCGUUUUAGCUGGAUGUUUUGAAUAGUCAUGUUAUAUAACUCCUUAGGGUAGGAACCAGAUAAAUUAAGCUCCUUCCCACUCAACUGAGCAAUCAUCGCAUCAUCUCUCAUGCUGUUAGAACACUACUAAAAUAGAGAAGCUAUAUGAAUAAUUGGAUCCGAACAAAACAGUUUGUGAUGAUAAACACGGGUUACAGACCAACAGUUCAGGUGACUAUAGAAGAAGUAGAAUGGAUAGAGAAGAGAGGUUGAACAAGGAGAAGAUGCUUCAGUGGGUUUUUUCUCCCUUAUUUAGUUGAAACGUCAAUUAGGACAGUAGCUGUCGCUGCUUUUAACAUGUUUUUAAUUGAUUGCUCAUUAUAACAGGUUUCCUGUAGUUACUAAUAAAAUUUGUGUGUAUUUUUC